AUCAACAUAAUUGCACACAGGCAGAGAAUGAGUCAGAGUUAGCGAGUGCAUUUUUGGUUUUGGGAUCAAAGUACCACGAAACAAGUUCUUAAAUCAUGUCCAAAGCGGAAAUAUUGAAGGGCAAAAUGCCCGUCACGAUGUUGCAAGAGAUAUGUGCGAAAAAUAAAAGCUCCUUGCCAGUGUAUCAGUUUAUUAACGAAGAAGUUUCCCUACACGCUCCAAAUGUGAAAAUAUUCACCUUCAAGGUGUCGGCUUUGGGUAAGCAGGCCAAUGGCGUCGGUAGAUCAAAGCAAGAAUCAAAGCACGAGGCGGCCUGGCAACUGAUACGCUUGGUGCUGAAUCUUCCGGCUUGUGCAGAGGAUGAUAUAGUUGCCGCAGCCGGAGAGCGUGGUUCGCUGGCGGCCCUAGAGUUAGGUGCAGACCGUGUCUGUCAGGUGCGCGACAUUUGCAUCCAGCGUAACUUCCCACUGCCCGAAAUUGAGCUCGUUCGCAACUAUGGUCCUUCUCAUGCACCGGUGUUCGAGUAUGAGUGUCGGAUCCAGGAGAUAGUACGGCGCGGUGUGCAUGCUACCAAAAAGGGCGCAAAGCAGAUUGCCUGCCAGGAGAUGAUUAAAACUCUGCAAUCGAUGCCGGUCGAGGAAGAAAGCUUGCAACUCCUAACACUAGAUAUGGCUAUCGAAGAGGCGGACGAAACGAACGAGAACAUUAUAAAAACGUAUCGCGAAUAUACAACAUCCGAUAUCAAGAAGAAACUUGGUGUUUCUAUAGCGGAUAGGCAUACGUUUUUUCUCGAAUUGCCUCAGGAACGGAUUGACGAGGCACGCCGACUGUUGGUGGAUCCGAAUGAAUCGGAGCGAGAUAAAUGUUUCCGGAUAGCGACAACACUUGGAUUGAAGUCUAAGAUUUUGACGGCCAAUCCCAAUUUGCCCAUGAUCAAGGGCAGCCACAUGAGCACAUUUGAGCUGCUGAAUCCCGAUUUCGACUGUUUAAUUAUCGGAGAAGGUGAAGCAUUCUACACCAAUGUGUGUGAAUAUUUUAUCCGAAUGCUAAACAUAAAGGUAGGCAUUUAAGUUUGGAUGGAGAAGCCAAAAUUCCACUGAAUAAAAAUACAGGCAUUAUAGCGGACCGCUAUAACCCGGGAAAAAUCCGCGUAGGUCGAAUCCUAUAUCGAAGUCGGAUUAUAGCGGUCCGCUGUAAUAGCGUAUUUCGGGGACUAGCUGUAAUCAUUAUUUUUACCCUUCUAUGUUAUAGAAAUUGUAGCAAAUGUAUUCCAAUUAACGUGCUUGAUCCAGUUUCACACUAAGAGCAAACCACAAGGGCAAAACCGCAAGCAAACUACACUCCCAACGAUAACCGGAUAAAUUUUAAUAAGCUCCAGUCGCGCACGUAAUGCAUUCAAACACCAAACCUAAAUCGUCCAGGCAUAACAAACCGACUGCAAAAAAGUUAAAAUCAUGGCUAAAUAGGAUGUGUGUUUGUGUUGUGGUCAUCGAGUAGGCAACGGUAUUGCUCCGCUCCUGUCUAUACAAUACUAUUAUGUAUUUCGGACCUCAUUUGAAACCGGGAAAAGAACUCCGUGGAUAUCAGCGAAGAUCACUAGGGAUGUUCCUUAUGGUGAGCGAUGCCCACUCUCUAAGCUCAUAUGUUAGGCAGAAAUGUCUUCACACGCUGUUUCACACAAAAUGGAGUACCGUCUCGCUGCUUGGGCUUUGAGAUGGAAAGACAGUUUGAGCGUGUUGCCUACUUAAGCUGAACUGUGAAAGUUAAUGGAGUUUAUUUUAAAAACAAGAUAUUAUCUACUAUUUCUUUACAACAACUUAAUAUAUUCCAGGCGCCCUGCGACGAAAACAAUCUUCUACUCAACAAACAAAUAGAUGGUUCACAAAAAAAUUCAUUCAGUUUAGAUACAACCGAAGCAACUUUGAACGAAAAAAGUUCCGAUUAUAAACCAGCGGAGAAAAUUCCACGAUUGAAAUAAUAAAGCAAUAUCUUAAAGAUAUUUGAUGUUAUUUAGCUUCCUUUUGGUUAAGCGUUGAUAAAUAUAUGUAAUAAAG